AUGAAGGAUUUGGAUAGGCUGCUGCCUUUGGCGGCAGCUCUUUUUCUGAUCUGUUCAUCGUCAGUGAUCUUAUCUGAAUCUGAAUCAGAGCCCGAGGUUGCCUUUCUUUCCGAUGAAGAUUUUAUAAAUGCAGACCGACUAGCUAAAGAUGAAAUUGAGAAAAAAGAAAUGAUUCCGAUAGAGGCUGUGAAUGGAUAUCGUUCCGAUAUCAGAGGACCCUGGGCCGAAAGAGUUCGCCAUAAAAGAAAUGGAGUGUCAAGAGUGGCAAAAUUAUGGCCAAAUGCUCGAAUUCCUUAUGCGAUUUCUCCUCAUUACAGUACUCACGAGAGAGCUCUUCUCGCUCGAGCUGUUAAAGCCUACCACGAAAAGACGUGCAUUCGUUUUGUGCCAAGAGCCGGCGGAGAAGCCGACUAUCUUUUUUAUUGGGAAGGUGGAUGGUUGUUUUUCGGAAGUGGGUCGAACAUCGGGCGUGCAAGUGCUUUCAUUGGA